UUUGGAAUGUGUUCUAAACUGUAGUUCACUUGUCCUUUGUUGACAUGUGAUUACAGCAGUGAAAGGAAAUGAUUAUCAUUAUUUUAUAGUUAUAUUUUUAUACACUUAUACUUUGUUCAAUGCCAAGGCAGAAUGGGGCAAAGCUCCACGAGUACUCUCCUGACAAUUAAGCCAUGGCAGGAACAGAUUAAGUAAGCUUGAUCUACUCAUCCCUGGUCAGCCAAGCAGUAAAAAUAAACAGGACUUCCUCCUCAGCGAUUUUCUACAAGUGAUGUUCCUCUCAUGAAGCCUCACAUGUUCAUGUAUUUUGAUCAUAAAGGAUAAAGUCAUCCAGCGUGUUGGCUAACACGAUGUGAGCUGUAUGUUUUGGGGAUUGUCAUGAUGACAUAAUACAACAGCACUUUUCUGAGUCAUCAAGUUGUUGUUCUGGUUUCUGUGAGGCCUCGUGUUCUCAGGUUUGUUUCAAAGCCUAAGACAUGUGUUUGUCUCCAUCUGCUGCUUAUCUUUAGAAAGAAUGAAAAGAGGUUUCAAUGCCACAAUGAGUCAGGAGUUGGAAGUUGUCAACCCUAUUUAUUAAACAGUGAUUUUCAAGGAUCGUUUUCCUGAUUAUUGACCUUGUACCCAAAAGCCAAUGUGUGGUCUAGCGUUCCACACAUUCCUGUGUCAGUUGCACUUCCGUGCUGUAGCUUUAAUUGGACUGUAGAGGGAGCAACAUACAUGAUGUGAGCUCCUUUUGAUGUAUUAUAUGUCAGGAAUAACGGGGAUAGUCGGGUCCCUCUUUUAUUAACACACACUCAUCUUGUUUUGACCUUUUUUAAAACAUAACAUAAAGGCCAAAUCUAUUAAACCCCGAUGGCAAUAUCAUGCUGUUGUUAAUAAAUAAUAAUAACAAGAGAUUAGAGAAUAAUAUCUAAUUGAACCUUUUGGGAGACUGUGGCCCUCGAUAAAUUCUUGUCAGUGUCGACGUGCAUUUCGUAGUUUAAAUGGACAAUCCUAAAAGAGUCACUGGACACCCCCACUGUGUCACUUCCUCUGCUCUGGCACUGAGCUCCACCUUGGCCCUGGCUCACCUUCCACUUCUCAAGUUACCUCACCCUGCAGAGCCCGCCCCUUGCCCUUCAGGCAGCACUGUUGUGUCAGUCUGGGAAAUGUUGCUAGUGGGGGGCCUCACUGCAUCCCAAAUCCCUCGGAGCUUGAUGGCUGGACCUGCUGAAGCUCAAAGCUCGCCUGCUGUGAACUUUGCCCCUGAAAAAUCUACUCUCAGGAAUGAAAGGCAUUCGAGAUUGCCGGAUUACCGUUUUGGCGUACCUUAUUUAUGAAGUCAGAGCUCCAAGAAGGGAGGGACGGAGAACUGAGUAAACGAUGAGGUAGACCUGCAACACAGCACAACAGGGGGCGAAGAAGCGGACUCCGGUGGGGGAUCACCUCCAACCAAACGCAAAGGAAAGUUCUCUAAGAUGGGAAGAAUCUUCAAGCCCUGGAAAUGGAGGAAGAAGAAGCCAAGUGAGAAGUUCACUGAAACAUCUAUAGCUUUGGAAAGAAAAAUUUCUGUUAGAAAAAGUCGCCAAGAGCUGAUUUCAAGAGGGCUUCUAAAGGACAUCCCAGAAAAUGUGAGCAACAAUGUAAAUCACUCCAAAGCACCGCCAGUGAAAAAUGGGCACCCUGUGUCAAAGGACGUGGACAGGGUGUCGGAAGCUGGUGCUCGAAUGUCUCGAGGAGAGUCUGACCAGAAAGUGAAUCCCCUCUGGAUGCUCCAGGGAGAUGAUCGCCGUACCAGACUCCCGUCUGAUGCCUCCCGGAGUAACAGGGCACCUCUGGAUGUGGACACUCACGCACGGAUGACUGUGGACGCAGACCGACGAAGCCGUCUGCCAUCAGAUGUUGAUAAAAAAGGAGGAUCUUUAGCCAGAGGAGCUCAUCAAGAUGAUAGACACCAUAGAGAAGAGAGGAGAGAUGGAAAAGAUGAUAGAGAAGAAAGGGGAAGAAAGGACAGGGAAGACAUGGAGAGAAAGGACAGAGAUAAGCAAGAAUGGAGGGAUGAGCGUGAGAGGAGAGACGAAAGGAGAGAUCGCGAUGAGAGGGAAAGGAAGGAUCGGGAUGAAAGGGAAAGGAAGGAUCGUGAUGAAAAGGAACGGAGAGACCAGGACGAGAAGGAACGGAGGGACCGUGAGGAGAAAGAACGGAGAGAUAGGGAUGAGUGGGAACGCAGGGACCGUGAGGAGAGGGAAAGGAGAGAUCGCGACGAGAGGGAACGGAUAGACCGUGAUGAGAAAGAAAAGAGGGAUCACAGAGACAAGAGAGAAGAUAGGGAUCGGCGGCCUGAGAGGGAAAAGAGAGAGAACCGAGGCGAAAGAAAAGAUGAUAGAGAAGACAAGGGUCGGAAAGAUGUGCGGGGAGAAAGAGACGACAGAGACAGAAAAGAUGACAGAGACCGGCGGGAAGACAAAGACCGAAAAGAUGACAGGGACAGACGGGAUGACUGGGCCAAAAGAAAUGAAAGAGAGCGACGAGAUGAUCGGGAAAAGAGGGAGGGGGAGAGGAGAGACAAACUGGAUGACCUGCGAUCUAUAGUUAGGCCAGUCUCUGAGAUGAACCUUCGGCCUUCUCUACAGAAGAGCUCGUCGGAGGACAAGAAGAAACCUCGUCCUGCCUCAGAGUCUGACCGAAGGACCACCCUGCCCAGAUACAGCCCACCCACAGAGUUCAGAGAGCGCUCAGAGUCUGCCGUUGUCCGCUCCAGCCCUGUCCCUCAUUCUGUACAAGACUCACAGCAGGAACCUGCCCCUGCCCGGCACGCUCUGCUUCCCCCAAAAUCCCUCACUGCUCCCUCCACUGAGUCCAGUAGGAGUCAGACCCCCUCCUCCUCUUCAUCCUCCUCCUCAUCCUCUUCGUCAACCUCCUCCUCUGCUCCCAUAGCUGUGGCUAAACCGCCAAGGACUGUCUCCCUAAUAGUCGAUGACCCUUCUCGACCCUCACUCGCUGCUCCCUCCUCAGUUGAUUCUCACAUGGCGCCCCCUGUCCCUCCCCAUGCCAAGCAGCCUCCCGUCCCUCCACCCAAACCCGCCAACCGAAACACUAACCCUGCACUGCUCGCUUCCUCAUUGAACAGGGGCUCUAAGGCCAGGCAGCCUUGUUACUGGACCAGCUGGAGACGUCAGAGUGAGCUCGGCCUCUACCUCUCUCUACCUUUGUACAUGCGUCAAAGAGCUGCAGGGAACUGCUCAGCGGAGCUUUCUCAGCCUGGCAGCAGCAUCAUCAGUGUUCCAGCACAUGCAAAGCGCUCUCCACCAACUCCACCAAAGAGGAUGACCCCUGUCACCAAGCGCCACUCUGUGGAUCCUUCCCCUCCUGCUCAGGUCACUGAGUCUGCAACCGCUGACUCGGCUGCUGCCCCUGGACUGGCGCACCAUGCUCUCCCCAAAGGAUAUAACAGUGAGGAGAAAACAAGUGCAGCAGCUUCUCAGACUGCCACUGACCCUCUGCCUUCACCGCCGUCCCACAUACCUCCUUCACCUCCCAGGGUUCAGUCGCUCCAGCCGCCCGACACCACCUCCUCUGGUCCUGUGACCAUCAUACAAGCGGAUCCACCCAGCCCAACCACUGAGCCUCCCAGCCAUCUUCCAGCCAUUCCACUGCACAUCCUCAUCCAGAGAGCCCUGGCCAGCCCUGGCCAAGCUCAGCCCAACCCGGACGGUUCUCAGAGAGCACACUCCUUAUUGUUUGAGUCUCCUCCAGAGUUCCUUGCCGAGCUGGGGAAUAACUCGAGGCUUUCACUUCCCAUCACCAUUGAACCUCUCAGGCUACCUGAAGACGAUGACUUUGACAUGGAGGAGGAGAUGCGGAAGCUUCAGCCCCAGAGGCCUGCCCGGCAACCUGACCUGGAGCCCCGAAGCCGGAGAGGAUUAAUUGGAGACCCCAGAGUCAGCAUCAUCCCUGAGGUAGGAGGCCACGAGGACAGCGAGGGGUCUGACUCUGAUGGCCCCAUCCUGUACCGAGAUGAUGACGACGAUGAUGAUGACGACGAUGAGGAGGAGGGCCCUCAAAGUGGGCUGCUGAGUCGUGUGAAGAGGAAGGACACAUUAGCCCUAAGGCUGGAGAGACAGGAGAGACAAGAUCGAGAGGAGAGGGACCCUCAGGAGAGCCAUGACAGCGGGACUUGGCAAAACAAGGAGCAGUGGAUGGCAAUGAGGAACAAGAUCAGCAGUACGCUGACAAGGCGCCUGAGUCAGAGACCGUCUGCAGAGGAGCUGGAGCAGAGGAACAUUCUUCCAGCCAAGAACGAAUCAGAUCGUCGAUUAGAGCGAUCCGAGAUCAAAAGGCGGCUCACCAGAAAGCUGUCCCAAAGACCUACAGUGGCCGAACUCCAGGAAAGGAAGAUCCUUCGUUUCCACGAAUAUGUUGAGUGCACCCACGCCCAUGACUACGACCGGCGAGCAGAUAAACCGUGGACCAAGCUCACUCCUGCUGACAAGGCUGCCAUCCGCAAGGAGCUCAAUGAAUUCAAGAGUUCGGAGAUGGAGGUUCACGAAGAAAGCAAGAUCUAUACGCGGUUCCAUCGGCCUUAGUUGUCCAUAGUCAAACACUCAGACUUGGAGUAGAGAGGCGGAACAAGCCCCUGUCCACACAAUGAACAGAGCUUGUGGCCCACUUGGUUCAUUUUUUCAACUGACUGCCUGCUAACCUGCUUCAGCUGAUGAACUGGAACCAAAGCGAAAGACGCAACGAUCAGUUUGACCACCGCUGAUUCUGAAAUUCUUUUACUGCGGAAUUCAGGACAAGAGGAGUUUGUUUGGCGUCCGGUGCCAACACUAAAUAGUGAGGAAUCCCUCCCCCUUCCUACUGCUGGAGGGGGUGCGAUUGAAGCGAGAGGGUGCGAUUGAAGAGAGAGGGUAACUCACGGAGGGUUAGCACACAGCCUCCCUUAGGGGAAACCACUCACCAUGCCUUAACCUGCUGUCAUGAUGAGAUCUCCUUGCAGAACAGGAGGACUAUGCACAUACAACGAUGACUGUAGUUACCACUGAAUGAAUCUGGUGUCUGUUCAAACACUGUUUAUGUAUAUAUCUACACAUGUUUGUUCUACAAAUGUCCACCCACAGGUGCCACAUGGCAUCAGCCUUAAUUCUCACAUGAUCCAAUGCACUCUUGUAAUGUAAAAUUUAGACAAAAUGUGAAAGAAGCUGGUCCGACGUGUGUUUAUUUAAAUCUUUUGAACCGACAGCUGAGCUCUGUGUGUAGACCCUCAGAACAGUGAUUCCAACCUACUGACCUAAAGUGUAUAUUUGACUGUAUUCUGUUGAUCAUUUAAAAGAUUGUCAUAGAGCACAUAUUAACAAAUUUAUCUAAGGCACCUUGAGUUCCCUAAUUGAGCAUUUAAAAGUGUUGAGCCUCAGUUGUUUUGUUUAUCACUGAAUUAUUCAAGCAGGAAAAUGUACAUAUUUUGAUUUUCCUAGUUUUAUGGUACUUUAUAUAUUUAAGUCAAUAGCUGGCUGCAAUUGUAUAGCUCAAACAUGUAGAUUUGAUUAACUUUAUAUUGUAUACCUACACUAAUGCUGACAUGUUUUAAUUUUAAAGUAUUUUUCAAAUGUUAUUUCCAAGUAGUAAUGGUACAAAACUUCUUUUUUUUGAUACAGAGAUCUUUAAACUUUUUGCAACCACACUGUAUAAAUUAAAAAUCCUCUCAGAAAUUAAAAAAACAGUGAUUUUCA